AUGAAACCGAAAACACUUCUCAGCGAGCCGGGCACCGUCAAGGAGGCAGUGGUCUGGGCAGUUGCCCUGAUCCUUGUCCUCCUCGCCCUCCAAUCAGGUCGCACGUGGUGGCGCCUACGCCACAUUCCCGGUCCUUUCUUGGCUAGCCUCACCGACUUGUACCGCAUCAACUGGGUCUGGUCUAAGCAAGCACAUCUGAAGUUGCAACAAUGCCACAAGAGAUACGGCAAGGUAGUGCGCAUUGGGCCCAAUACAGUGUCCUUCAGCGACCCCGCUGCCGUUCCCACUGUGUACCCCAUGCGGGCGGGAAUCCCGAAAAGCAACUUCUACGUAACUUUGCGUCCCUACACUUCGGGACAAGCGCUCCAUGCCGUCUUCAACACGACCGAAGAAGAUUUACUCAAACAAAUAAAACCACCCAUUGCGCCGCUUUUUAGCGUCUCAAGUGCUGCAACUUUGGAGCCGCUGGUUGAUACAGUUUUAGAAUGCAUCCACACGAGGUUCGACGAAAGGUUCGCGGACAAGGAGCAAGUGUUCGACAUGGGGCAGUGGCUGCAGUUCUUCGCGUUCGACGUCAUGGGCUCCAUUACCUUUAGUAAAAGAUACGGGUUCCUGGACGAGGGAAGGGACGUGGGCGGCAUGCUGGGAACGAUAGUAGACUUCAUGAGGGCCGCAGCGCCAAUGACGCAGUCCUACCUACUCGACAAGUUCCUUCGAAAGAAUAUAAUCGCAGAUACUAUUCGGAGGCACAUCGGUGCCACCCCGUCUCUCACCAUUCUCGCAUUCGUAGCCCGCGCAAUUAAGGAGAAGAGAGAAGCCCUUGAAAGCGGCAACGAGUCCAAAGCUGAAGCCAUGCAUACCGACUACCUCACACGGUACCUCGCCCUUCAGCGCAGCAAGCCUUCCAUACCCCAAUGGGCCCCCACGGCCUGGACCUUCUCCAACGUCAUCGCCGGUUCCGACAGCGUAGGCACGACCAUGCGCACACUCCUCUUCAAUCUCUUGUCCUACCCGCACACCCUUUCUAAACUGCAAUCAGAACUAAGUGCUGCUGGGCUUUCGCGACCAUAUCCGCGUUACGCCGAAGUCCGUGACCUGCCGUACCUCGACGCCUGUGUACAAGAAGCAAUCCGAGUCCACCCGCCCUUCGCGCUGCCCCUCGAGCGCGUGGUACCUCCUGAGGGACUAAGUGUGCUCGGUACGUGGCUGCCUGGUGGGUCCGUUGUUGGCGGUAGUCCCUAUGUCGUGAACCGGGAUGUGGGGUUGUAUGGAGAGGACGCAGAGUUUUGGCGACCGGAGCGUUGGUUGGGAGUGGAUGCAGCUUUGAGGCGGGACAUGGAGAAUAGUAUGCUCACGUUUGGGGCCGGCCGACGCAUAUGCCUAGGCCGCCACGUAGCGUUCUUGGAGAUCAAGAAGCUAAUCCCUUUUCUUGUGCUGACGUAUAAUAUCCGACUUGUCGAUCGAGAGAAGUUUGAAACGGAAAAUUCAUGGUUUUUUUUUCAGCGGAACUUCAAUACGCAGAUACGAAAGGCGGGUGGUAUUGAAACUCUAUAGUGUUGGACCUUAAGUACCAAUCGUGCGAGUCUCUCCGGG